AUGAAAAAUAGAGAAAAGUCUUCGGAAAAUAAGAAAAAGGAACUUUGUGAUAUGUGCAACAACAUUCCAGCAGUAACAUUCUUCAGUAAUGGGAACCCAGCAUUAGGAUAUCAGGGGAAAUAUGGGUCGACAGAAUUGUAUCAGCUCUUUGAAGGUCGUAACGCACUCAUAGAACUAAGACUAUCUGCAACCAACGGCUGUAGUCUUUGCAAAUUGUUCCAGGAUGCUCUCGAAUGUUCUCAUCAUCAUCCCGACGAGCAUCUUCGAGAUUACCCGAAAUACUGCGACUGGGGAAUUCGGCUCGAAAGAAAGCCAGAACUGGAGAUUACUUUUGGUCUCUAUUGCGAUAUGAUGCUUGAUUACCGGCUGAUCAUCCAUACGGACGAGGCCACAACCAGGUCCAUUGAGCCUUCUUCAUACGUAACCGAAACUGAGUCGGAUUCCCCUGCUAAUUUUGCUCUCGCUCGUUCCUGGCUGGCUGAGUGCCGCAUGGAACAUGAAGACUGUAGAGAUUUACUAGAAUCCGAACUGCCUGCACGGCUGCUGGAUGUUACGGUGCCCUCAAAACCAGGCAUAGUUCGCCUUUGCUUGACAUCUGACUUUCCCACCGAAGGAGUGGACUACGCAGCGCUUAGUCACUUUUGGGGUUCCAAUCACCCUCCAAAGACAACUAAGAACAACUUGCAAAGUCAGCUGCAAGGGUUUCCUGAAAAUCGACUUCCUUAG